AUGUCCCAUCCGCUCGUGGCAGCAGUAUUCGAGCAGCUGGGCCGUCGGGAUCUCGAAAAUAUCCUCCACGAAAUCAUUGGCGAGCACGCUGCGGGCCUUGCGACAGGCCUCGCUUUGAGUGCCGGUCACCAUGGUCAAGCCCCUGAUAUGGAGUCCCUGACGCAGUCAGUGCUGUGGAUCCAGACACUUUUUAAUGUGCAACGGACGUAUCUCCAGGGCCUGGCAACUUCACAGGACUGCCAUCCGUACUUCGCGCCGAACCUAAUCUCGUCAGACAUUGUCAACUCAACUCUCAUGUACUUGACAAAAGUCAAGAUGGACCUCUUUCCCUGUUCGAAACCGACAGCUGCGGAACUCCUUAGAUAUCGACAACUCAUUGGACACACUUUCCUCGUGGGCAUUCGCCUUCUUGUCCUGCGCGGCGAACCCAUGAGCUCCGAUACGAAGUUCAGGCUAGAGCGGGCGAUGCGAUCAGCUUGGGAGCACCCUGAUCUUUCUAAAUCAGAAAGCUUCUUGAUCAACGACCUGCUUCCCAAAGCCAUCGCCAGUAUCGGAUCGACCGAUUUGUUCCAUGCUCAGCAGGCACUGCUAAAAUCUAGUAAAGCAUAUGUCCCAAUUUUCUCCUCAGGCAUUUAUCCUUUCCCUGGCGCACCAGAUACCCUCGUAACGGACCUUUUGACCGCGCUCAUGAGAAAACAAGACGAUCAACUAACAUCUUUCUACCUCCUAUUUGACCUUUUGUGGGCCGCUGAGUCGGCGCUGAUUCACUGCCACAUCGACCGCCGUCGGAUUUUACAGGAGCAAGGUCACGACAGUGCCAGUGGGAUAAAGGUGGACGAGGCCUUCGAACAGACCCAGGACAACAGAAAAAAGCUAGCGAGGACGAUCUUGGCCGCAUUCGACGACGAGUUUGACACGCCCUCGCUGCAAGUACUUGCAACGGUGAUACUGAGCGAAAGUGCUGGCGAACAAGCCCCUCUACAAACCAGAAGGAUUAGAGAUUCAUGGGGGAAGCUUUCGCCGCUACGAGAUUCCACAGACUCAGCCUUAGGUCUGCUAAUGAGAUGGCUGGUCAACCGCAGAGUUCAGCUUUGGGACUGCAAUGGAGAGUUGGAAGCCUUUUCUCACGACUAUCAGAAACACCUAACCCAAUGGCUGCAUAGUUCGUCUUCUCAGGCCACUAGCCAUCCGACGAGAGUGAGAAAGGGAAACAAUGGUGCUGUGUACGUUGUCAAUUGUCCUGCAGUACAUCCGGUUCCGGAGGCGCUCCUGGAGCAGCAGCUGAGGAGCUCCGACAAGAAGGCGUACGAACAAUUACAAGAAAAGUCCCGAUUUCUCACCAUGAACGCCAUGUGUCCUCUGUGUCCAGGAAAAGUCGAGAUACAGCAUGCCCGGAUGAUUGAACCACUUGACCAGGGUUCAGACGCCCUACAUCACACCGGCUCCGAAAGCAGUGGGCACUAUUCACUACCGGACUCGGCUUCAAGAGACACGACAUCCCGUUCAAGCUCAAGGACCAACUCUACAGAUCAAUUAUCACGCGUGGACUCGGUCGACGGCUUGAGAAGUCCGGUAUCACCCAUUUCGUCUAGCCUUUCAUUCUUUAAAUUGUCAGGCAAAAGUCACUCGCCUACGACGUCAGAUAUCACGAACCCGUUCAUGGCUCGCCCUCGGACGGGCCAGUCACAGGAGAAGCAGCUCAUCAGGUCGUUAUCAAAAGACCUUAAGAGCGUAACUCUUUCCUUAACAGGGACUACUUCUCUGUUCAGGAAGGGCUCUUCGAAGACACGCAAUUUACCUCGACAGCCAAAAUUCUGCUUCUCGGCGUCCGGACAUGGUCUUCUGAUUUGGGAUGUUGGGGACGGCUCGGUCAUGCGAUUUGAGAUUAACUCUAUGGAUGGAAGAAAAUCUAGAGGCCAUCGAUACGAUGCAACCGGGGUGCAACAUGCCGCAGCUGGAAGUAAGCGGUGUGCUAUUGUUGCUUCCGCAGCAGAGCACUACGAACUUCUGAUAUUCGGCAAUAAAAGCGCCAUUCCCGAAGCAUACCUCACGGUGGAAACGCUGCAACCAUCUUCACCAAUCACAUGUAUGGUGAUGUCUCGCGAUGAUCGAUAUGUGGCGUUCACUCUGGAAGACGAGGUUCGAGUAUAUGAAAUCGAUACCACCGAAAUCCGUCAGGUGCGGUUGGGUGAUAAAACAGACUAUUAUACCGUCGAGAAUGCCUUGGAGGCGGAUAUUAAUAACAGCCAUAAGACGAUAGCUCAGAAUGAAAAGCGCGCGGGGGCAGUUGUUGCCAGGAGACUUCAAUUCUCCGUUGACGGAAGACGCUUCAUUGUCGCGACACAUCUUGGAAAUCAAUACGUUUAUGUCGACGUGUGGAAUUGCAUCGAACAACAAUGGAAGCUUGAACCAGGGGGCUCGAAAUCUUUUAAGCUUCCGCCUUGGUCGUCUGAUGAUGGAGAUCUCACCUGCGUUUUUUAUGACAGCUUCAAUGAAGCAGUCGUUCUCACAGCGUUCCUCGAGAGGGCAUAUCCGAUAUCAUUCUCCCUCUCUAGUGAGGCAUUCACCAGCGAUUCAGUCAGUCCUAGGAUAGUCCACGCAGCCCAAUCACCAUCUGGCUCACGGUUCGUACUGGCCAAUGGAAUGAAGCAAAUGUAUCUGUGCGACUCAACCACCAGCGGUUCCCUCAUCCCAACGAAAAUGAAAAAGGCAAUGUCCAAGAUAAGCCCUUCGGCUUUCCGACCUGGUCAGCUGGCGUUCUCAUUUCCUGGAGAAAACGAGGUGUUUGCUUUCUGGGCGAGAGAAGGCAAGCUGAUGCUCCGAACGAUCAGCCUGCACGCCAGUGGCGAGACCGUCAGCGACUACGAUCUGCGAUCAGAGUUCGACCGGCUGGUGAUCGAACGCCCACUAGUAACUGACAUCCACCGGCCGCGUCACCAGCCAUCAUCGCUAUCACGGCAGAUCGACUCGGAAAUAGAAGUGAUCCAGACUCAGCCUGUGUCUAGGCCCAGUGUGCCGGAGCUGCCGGCCACUUAA